AUGUCGGUUUCUAGUACCGCUGCUGCCGCGAUGGCCAGUCUAGCAUCUCGUAUGGCUGCUUUGGAAAAUGAAUUAGACAUGGUAGACAAAGAAAUGACUGAUGAUCUUGAUGAUUAUACGGUCUCUAAUUCUCAAAAAGAGAAAAUGCAACCUGAUGAACAUCUUGAUUACUAUUCUGAUCAAAGUUCACCAUUGAAUGGUUCUUUAGACAAUUUUUCUACUUCUACUUCAAUUUCUCGUCAUUCUGACCUUACAAAAUCUGUUCAAGAUUUUUCUCAACCUACAGAGACAAAUGGUCAUCUUAGUAAUAGUAUUUCAUCAAAUUAUGCUUCUCGUACUCCUUCUUACGAUAUAAGUCGAAUAAGUCGAAGUAGUAAUAAUACGUUAGAUGAUUCUAUAAAAGCACAACUUGAAAAAAAGCAUGCAGAAGAACUUGAAAAAGCUAGACAAGAAUUAGAAAAUACUAGAAAUAAACAUUGGAGUGAAUUACAAAAAUCUAAAAAUGAACUUGCUGAACAAAAUAAUGAAAAUGAACCUGAAAUAACGAAUCUUUCUCAGUUGAAUAAUCAAGUUAAAUCUGAGCUUAAUACAUUAAAAGAUAACUUUGAAAAUGAAAAACGUUCGAUUAUUCAACAACAUGAAAAUGAUAAACGUUCGAUUAUUCAACAACAUGAAAAGGAAAAAGAUUCUUUAUUAUCUGAACAUUCUAAAAAAUUUAGUAAUCUAUCAAAAUCACAUGAAGAUACCGAAUCAAAAAUAAAUCAAUUAUUGCUUCAACAUGAAACCGAGAAAAAAGAUCUAGAAAGUAAACUAGUGAAUCUACAUCGAUCAGAAAAAGAAAAACUUUUAGCAGAAAUAAAAAAGAAAGAAGAGUCUGAGGCAAAUUGGAUUUUAUAUAAGAAAAUUGCAUUAUUUGAAGAUUAUGCGCUUAAAGUACUUAAUGUAAUUCAUAUUCAAGAAUUUUUUGACGAG